AGUACUAUCCUACGCGCACCUUCAACAAGAGUUAAAAAACCACCGCUAGACCUUUUCUUUGUGUCUGUUUUCAGACCCAAAUCCACAAAUGGUCCUACCUAGGUUCCCUAAUCUGUUUCUCUUUCAAUCAUAUCCUCAACCCUUCCCUCCCAUGCACGUGCUGUUUUUCUGACAUUCCUUCAAUUUUUUCCUUCUUCUUCACUCCACUUUUUUUCUUUCUUUUGGAAGAUUCAAUAUGCUUUUUUUUUUCUCUUAUCUUCACUCUCCAAUUCACCGUGGCGUGAAAUUGGGGAGACUCAGUUUUGAGUGUAAAGAAAUAGACACCUGUGACUCUGAUCCCUUUCACUUCACAUAAACGUUCAAAUCCGGGUUAAGGUUUUUUUGUGGUGUUGGUGUUGUUUUGACUGAAAUAUAGAUGGAAAGAAGGGGUUGGAUAUGGCACAGUAAAAGUUCUGGUGAAACUGAGAGUUCUGAAUCAAUGUCAUCUCAUUCUGAAAGAUUAUCAGAUGACCAGGUAUAUGCUACUCGAACUGCUCCGUCUUCGGAAGUCACGUCCAAGGCUGCGUCAAACGAAGAUGUUGUUACUGAUGUGCUUACUCUAACAGAAAAAUUGUCCGCUGCUCUAUUAGAUGUUAGCUCCAAAGAAGAUUUGAUAAAGCAAAAUGCCAAAGUUGCUGAAGAAGCUGUCUCAGGCUGGGAGAAAGCUGAAAAUGAAGUAUUGACUUUAAAACAAGAACUUGACGCUGCAAAACAAAAGAAUGUUGUUCUUGAAGAUCGAGUUAGUCAUCUUAAUGGAGAACUAAAGGAUUGUAUGAGGCAGCUCCGACAAGCUCGAGAAGAGCAAGAUCAAAAGAUCCAUGAAGCUAUUGCAAAUAACUCUUGUUAUCAGGAAUCAAAAAGACCUGAUCUUGAGUGGAAAGUUGCUGAGCUUGAGGCUCAACUUCAAACAGCUAAAGAAAAUGCUGCUACAUCAGUUCAUUCUGGUCUUCUACAGAGGCUUGAGGAUGUGGAGAGGGAGAAUUCGUGUCUUAAAAUUGAACUGCAAUCUCGGCUCGAGGAACUUGAAUUCAAAACCAUUGAAAGGGAUUUGAGUACCGAAUCUGCCGAAGCAGCAAGCAAGCAACAUUUGGAGAGUUUAAAAAAGGUGGCUAAGCUUGACACCGAAUGGCAGAGACUGAAUGCCGUGGCACAAAAUCAUAUAGGCCUUUCAACUCAGAAUGAUCUGAUGGACGAUUUCCUUGAAAUGGAAAGGCUUGCGGCAUUGCCGGACACAGAAAGUGUAAGCAGUUUCUCUGUGGUAGGUAAUGGAACAGACAAAAUGAAUGCUGAAGUGGAAGCAUUGGUUCAAAAGAAUUCUACAUUGGAAAAGAAACUGGUGAAAAUGGAGGCAGAUAAAGUUGAGCUAGAGAUGGAUUUAUACGAAUGCCAAAAACAGCUGGAGGUAUCACAAAGUCGGGUAAAGGAAACAGAAUUGGCGGUAAUAGAGCUUCAAACUCAGUUAGAUCUUGCAAAUAAAUCAAAUGAAGAAGCAUAUGAUGAACUAAAAGCAGCCCGAGAAAAAAAUGAAAAAGCUGAAUCAAAACUUAGAGCAGCCCAAACGGAGGCAGAAGAAUUGAUCUCAAAAAUCUCUUCACUGGAGGAAGAGAUUGAGAAAGAGCAGGCUUUGUCUGCUGAGAAUUUGGCCAAGUGUGAAAAGUUGGAAGAUGAGCUUUUGAGAAUGAAGCAAGAAGCUCAACUUCAGCAAGACACUGAAAUAUUGCAUAAGGAAGGUGCCGAUAGCAAGUUAAUGUUCAAUCAGGAGAAGGAAUUAGAAUUGGCUGCUAAUAGAUUUUCCGAGUGCCGGAAAACCAUCGAAUCUCUAGGACAGCAGUUGAAGUCCCUUGCAAAAUUGGAAGACUUCCUACUUGAUUCAGAGGACACUACGGAGUUAACUAGUGAAGUAACACCACCAGAUCCCAAAAAUAACAGUGACAAUAGUGAUUUGAGUUCGCCAAAAAUAGAUUCUGAAUUGUCAGAUUCACCAAAUCCAUCUAUUAGCUUUGGAAAAAGCCACUUUAGUUUUGGUAUGUUCUAUCCUACAAGAGCUUGAGCAGAACAUGAAGUCAUUGAGAAAAGAAGUGAGAGAAAAAAUAAAGUGAACUGUAAAUAUGCUUCAUAAGCAUUCAAACGUGUAUAAAUCCAAACUUAGGCGUACAUAUGUAUAUCUAGAUAGCGCUGCUUAAUAAAUUAAAAUCGUCAUCUUUUUUCCAGGAA